CACAAGUAAAAUUCUUGUACUUCUUAUUCAAGCUUUUCAUAUUCACAGCCUGAAUAUCAAUGUCAGCAAAGAACAAAAUCCUUUCUAUAGUAAACCAACUGAAAAUAUGUACAAGUUCAAAGCAGCUGGAAUCCCUCUACACUUUGAUACUAAAAAAUGGCGCUGCAACCAAAGACUGUUUCUUGAUGAACCAAUUCAUUGCCACAUGUUCUACAUUUAAUAGCACAGAUUUUGCAUCCCUUGCAUUUUCUCAAAUGGAAAAUCCCAAUGUAUUCGUUUACAACGCAUUAAUAAGAGCUUUUGUUCAUUGUCACAGCCCACUUAAUGCAUUAAAGUUGUAUAUAGACAUGUUAAAAACUCAAAAUAGUCCAAAUAGCUACACAUUUUCGUCAGUAAUUAAGGGUUGUGCUUUGAUGUGUGCUUUAAGGGUAGGUGAAUGUGUACAUGGGCAAAUUUGGAAAUAUGGGUUUGGAUCCCAUGUUUUUGUUCAAACUGGUUUGAUUGAUUUUUACUCUAAUUUAGGUAGAGUUGAUUUAUCAAGAUUAGUGUUUGAUGAAAUGCCUGAAAGAGAUAAUUUUGCUUGGGCUGCAACGGUUUCAGCCCAUGCUAAGGCUGGUGAGUUGGGUGCUGCUAGAAGUUUGUUUGAUGAAAUGCCUGAAAAAAUUACCCCUGCUUGGAAUGCUAUGGUUAAUGGGUAUGCAAGAACCGGGGAUGUCGAGUCAGCUGAGUUGUUGUUCAAGGAAAUGUCGAGGAAGGAUUUGAUAUCGUGGACUACGAUGAUAAAUUGUUACUCUCAGAACGGGAUAUAUGGACGAGCUAUAGAGGUUUUCUGUGACAUGAAGAGUAACUUGAUCACUCCUGAUGAAGUAACAAUGACUAGUGUUAUUUCUGCUUGUGCACAUCUUGGUGUCUUGGAUCAAGGACAGGAGAUGCAUCUUUAUGUUAUGCAAAAAGGUUUUGAUCUUGGUGUACAUAUUGGGUCUGCAUUAAUUGACAUGUAUGCAAAAUGCGGGAGCUUGGAGAGAUCACUCUUGGUAUUCUAUAAGUUGAGGGAGAAAAACCUUUUCUGUUGGAAUUCUGUUAUCGAUGGACUGGCUGUUCAUGGUUAUGCAGAAGAGGCAUUAGCUAUGUUUAGCAGGAUGGAGAAAGAGAAGGUAAUGCCGAAUGGUGUUACCUUCGUCAGCGUUCUUACAGCUUGUACACAUGCAGGACUAGUUGAGGAGGGUCGGAAGAGGUUUCUAACUAUGACCGGGUACUAUGGUAUCGUUCCUGAAAUGGAGCACUAUGGUUGCAUGGUUGACCUAUUGUGUAAAGCUGGUUUGCCAGAGGAAGCACUUGAGAUUAUUAGAAGCAUGAGAAUGGAGCCAAAUGCUGUUGUUUGGGGUGCUUUACUUGGUGGGUGCAAGCUUCAGAAGAACUUGGAAAUUGCUCAAUUUGCUGUUGGAAAGUUGAGUAUUUUGGAGCCAAAGAACAGUGGCUAUUACGCCCUCCUAGUGAACAUGUAUGCUGAUGCAAAUAGAUGGAGUGAAGUAGCCAGGAUCAGGGCAAUCUUGAGAGAAUUAGGAGUAGAAAAAGAAUGUCCAGGUUCCAGCUGGAUCGAAAUAGAGAAAAAGAUCCAUCAGUUUGCUGCUUGUGAUAAUUAUCAUCACUCUUCACAGGAGAUUUAUUCCUUACUAGAUGGAUUAGAUGGGCAACUUAAGCUGGCUGCGAAUGUUCAAGAGCUUGGAUUUGUGUUCUAAUGACAUGCAAAGCCAUUGUUGACAGCACAGACUUCAUAUUCAAAGUGGCUAAAUAUUUUGUAUUCUGUUGCGGUGGAUUUAGAUCUGGAACUGUACAUUCAAAGAGGCAAAGUACUUCUGGAGCUGCACUUAAUGCCAAGGCGGGAAGUUACUGUUUGAAGUAAAAUCCGAGCUACCACAGAAUAUGGAUUGUAUCUAG